AUGGUCAAAGCUCGAAAUAAAUUGGUAGAAGAAGGGCCAGAUGGAGGCUGGGGGUGGAUGAUUGUCAUAGCGACGUUCAUUGUCUACGGAAUGGCCGGUGCUAUGUCAUGGUCACUAGGGUCAUUUUACAUCCAAUUUCAAAGACACUUCAACACAAACGCCGAGAAAGCCUCCUGGAUUCUGUCCAUCGAAUCUGCCUCAACUGCGUGUUUCGGGUUGGUAGGAUCUCUAAUGGCAUCACGUAUAGGGGCACGUCUUACAGUAUUGGUAGGUGGUGUCCUAAUCGUGUCUGGUUUCAUAAUAAGCAGCUUUGCAACGAGCGUUAUAUUUCUCUGCUUCACAACAGGGUUAAUGCCAGGUGUGGGAUUUGCAAUAUGUAUGCCUCCCGUACUCGCAACGAUGGGUCAGUACUUCCCAAAGAGAUAUCCAUUAGUUAAUAGUAUAGCCACGCUUGGACCUCCUGUAUUCAUGUUUGCAUUCCCGUUGGUUAUCCAAACUAAUAUUCAGGUAUAUGGAUGGAGAGGAGCUUUCUUGGUGUUAGGCGCUAUAACAGCCAAUGUUUUUGUCGGUGGGUUGUUAUUGAGACCUUUACCGAAAAAGCAGACUCAAAUGGCUGAAAUUGAACAUUUACCGGAAACUAAACAAAUGAAAAAACGCAAGAGCUGCUAUAGAAAACCUAUCCCUUCUGAUAUUGAACAAUGUAUCAUGCAUAUGGUCUCGGUGUUCUUCCUUGGGAUAGCGCUAAACGGUCUGAUGGUACAUUUGCAGCCCAGGGCUAUUGAUAAUUCAGUCGGCGCACCACAUCUAAUUGCCAUACUACAGGCUUUAGUUGGGGUGAGCAGCAUAAUCACUAGGAUUACAGUUGGGAUUGUGAUUCAGAAAAAUCUCGUGUCGGCUACCAGCUGUCACAUAGUGAGUCUGAGCACUGCCAGUAUUCCGUGUUUCAUACCGCACUUAGCAAGGACUUACAUCGCAUACUGUGUAUUUAGCGUGGUGAGUGGACUGUCAAGUGGGGUUUACCUUGCAACGUUUCUUGUCUGCACAAGAGAGUACGUUGGUCAAAAGAGAUUCCUAGUCGCAUCGGCAGUUGCCCUGUUUAUAUUUGGUAUAGGUGUGUUCAUCGGUCCUCCCUUUGCUGGGUGGUUGUUUGAUGUUACGGGGAACUACGAUUACUCCUUUUACAUGAUUGGUACCGUAUACAUUUUAGCAGCUUGUUCUUCUGUCGCCGGGAAGCUACUGAGAGCGUUCCGUGAUUCAACAACCUUGUACACAGUAAACGACGAUACUGCAGACACACACCGAGAGUUCAGAAAUAUUGGUAUACAAGUCAGUCUGAAUGAAUAA